AGCCCGGGAGCUCCAGGGUCCCUCCCAGAGCCGGGACCGGCGGGAGGCGGAUCCCGCAGAACUUUGCCCGCGGCGCCCGGGACUCGACGGGGCGGCGUGCGCCCUGCGCUGGGGAGGGGUCGGGCGAUCUCCAGCUCUGCCAAUCUCAGAGCGGGGCGGGACCCGUCCGACGGCCUGGACCAAACCGAGAGCGGGGGCGGGGCUCCGGGCUCUGCUCCCGGUUCCUGCUUUCCGGCUUCCCAGAUCCUAGUCCCCGGCCUCCGCCACCGCUCACCACACCGGCGACCCCGGAGCCUCGUGCAGCUUUCGGCGCAAUGGACCCGGCGCUGGCCGCACAGAUAAGCGAGGCGGUGGCGGAGAAGAUGCUUCAGUACCGGCGAGACAAGUCAGGCUGGAAGAUUUGCCGGGAAGGCAACGGAGUUUCAGUUUCCUGGAGGCCGUCUGUGGAGUUUCCAGGGAACCUGUACCGAGGAGAAGGCAUUGUGAAUGGGACACCAGAGCAGGUGUGGGACUGCGUGAAGCCAUUGGCUGGGACCCUCCGAGAUAAAUGGGAUGAGAAUGUGGCCGGUUUUGAAAUUAUCGAAAGCAUCACUGAUACACUGUGCAUCUGCCGAACGACCACCCCCUCGGCCGCCAUGAAGCUCAUUUCUCCCAGAGACUUCGUGGACCUGGCGCUGGCCAAGAAGUAUGAGGAUGGGACCAUCAGUUCCAAUGCCACCCAUGUGGAGUAUCCAUCCUGUCCCCCAAGGCCGGGUUAUGUGAGAGGAUUUAACCAUCCUUGUGGCUGCUUCUGCGAGCCUCUGCCAGGGGAGCCCCACAAGACCAGUGUGGUCGCGUUCUUCCAGACCGACCUCAGCGGCUACCUCCCGCAGGGCGUGGUGGACUCCUUCUUCCCCCGCAGCAUGGCCGGCUUCUACGCCAACCUUCAGAAGGCAGUGAAGAAAUUCUACGGCUGACGUCUUGGCUUGUUGGCAGAGAACUGGCAUGACUCGUGGAGCUGCAGUUACCGGGACACUGGAAUGCCUUUGAGAACUGUGUUUGUCCCUUGAAACCCUCUGACGGACAGCUCUCCUGGAGCAUCAGCCAAGGGUGGCCCUGGCCCUUCCUGCUCCUCCUUCCACUCGGCUCCACCGGGAGGAGCUUCUGCCAUUUUCCAAACACACCUCCUCCGGCCCCCAGGCACCAGACAGGGACUCUGCCCUGGUUCCAUGUGAUGCACUCGGGUCCACAGCCUUCUGUGCCAGUCACUCUCGGAGACCUCGUUUCCCCGUUUGUCCAAAAGAAUCACCAUAGUUAAUGAAAACCUGGCUCGGCCCCUUUGGAGCAUCCCGAGCUCGCUCAGUCCUGGGCUGCAGAUCCCUGGGUGUGCCUUUCUGGUAACACCGUGCCAGAUUUCCCCCUUAAGAAGAUGGCAACUUGGAAAAUGAUGUUUAAAAAAUGAUACAAGCAUUCAGGAAAAAUACUUUCGAUACUCCAUGAAUUGUCUCUUCCAUUCAAAUCAUUUUCCUCUCUUUUUUUCCCCCUGUACAAGUUUCAGGCACCUGGCGAAACCAGGCAGCUUGAAUCUGCUCCAGGCAGCACACUGGAAUGCUUACACGUGGAAGUCAGAGGAGAGCCUCCUCUCCAUGGACAUUUGCCUUUUCUUGUCCUCUGUUAUAGAAGAUGGAGCAGGGGUCCUCUGGCCUCCAGGCCCUGGUCGGGCCGUACUGCUGUCAGCAGGAAGGAAGCAGAGCAGACCCCGCCGCCGCUGCCGCCGCCCCCAGCCUGUUAAUCUGGGCCAAACUGCAGAAGAAAGGACUCACUCUCAUCAUUGGCCAUCUGGAUAAGUUGCCUACUAUUUCCGCGUCUCAGUGCCCUCAUCUGUACAAUGGGACAAUUCCAAGCUCUGGAGACACUGCUGUGAUUACUAAAGACAGUGUCCGCUUGGCACCAUCACAGGGCUUGGCAUAUGGCAGGCGAGGGGUAGCCAUUUGUUACCCUCUCCUCCCCGGGCCGGUCCUCUCGCUGGCACAGCUGAGCACACGUGGAGGGUCUCCUGUACUCCUCUCUGCUUACUUGCUCUGCCACUGGUACCGCCCCUGCUAGGAGCACCUUUCCAACCCAACCAACCAAAAACAGGUUUGCAAAUGUUUCAUAUAAUAGACUGUACUUUCCAAAACUAGCCCCAGCAAUCUUCCCCCUCUGCUUAAAGCGGGGCAGGCCUGGGCCAGCUCUGACAGAGUACGGCAGAAGUGAUGCUGUUCAACCUUGGCAGCAAGGUCAAAAAAGGAUGCAGCUCCUGCCCGGCUCUCGCACUCUCUGGGGACACCUAGCCACCAUGCUGAGGAAGCCCAGGCCACAGAGGGAGGCCAACGGUAAGUGUCCGCGCCAACAGCUCCAGCGGAGUUCCCAGUCCACAGCCAACAUCAGGGGCCGCAGGUCUGCGUGAACUGACCCUUCUGGGAGUUCCAGCACCCCCCACCCCAGCCUGUGAGCUGAUGCCAGGUGGAGCAGGAUGAGUCACACCCUCCAAGCCGGCCCACGUGGCAGAUUCAUGAGGAAAACAAAGGUUGCUGUUUCAGGUGGUUCGUUACAGUUAUAGUACUUGGAAAAUCUGCAAAGCCAGGCACGGAUUUCAUACCGAGUCGUAAUAUACCCAUUUUAUUUACACCACGAUAUUACCAUUAAGCUCUCUCUAUACACAGUCUACAGUCUGUAUCAGCACCCGGUGUGACUCUGCCCUAACUUGGGACAACCCUCUUGCUGCGUGGCGUCCCAGAAGGUCCAGACCUGGGCAGCAGCCCCCAGGAAGCACACCCGUGCUUUCCCCCAGGGGGUGGGGGCUAGCAGUGACCCUGAGAAUUAGUGGUUGUGGGGGGCUGCGCGCUCUCGGCUUUGGCGUCAGCACUGGUGUCCGGCCUAGGGGUCUCCGGUAGGCGUGGGCCCCUGGGACUGGAGACUCUUCCUCCUGAUGACGAUCGUGACAGGUCCAUCAGGCAACGCCUUGAUGAUGUUCCAGGCUUCAAACCGUGUGAGGCCCUGCGCGGCGGUGCCGGCCAAGUGUAAGAUUUCAUCUCCCGGCUGGACCGUCUCACUCUGUUCUGAGGCCGACCCUGAGAGGGGAGAGGAGGUCAUGGAUUCCGUGACUGACGGGGGAGUAAGGCGUCACCGCCUGCCCCUGGUCUCUGAGGAGCCAGGACAGCUCAGAAGGGAACUGGUGCCCAUCCCUCCGGAGCUUGCUGGUGGCUCGAAAAUGAGACAUCUCAUAAAAUGGGGACUCUGAGGUUGGCAUACCUAGCGCCAGCUCCCUGUGGCCCAUGCUGUCCCCAGAGAAGGGAGAUUUCAGGCAGCGCCAAGCCAGCGCUGGGCCGAGGAGACACCCAUGGGUCUCAGAGGACUCCCGGGAACUGAAUCCUCCUCGGAGCCUCCCUGGGCACCGUCCCCACGCUCCACUCCCUUCACAUAUGGUCUCCCUACUUCUAAUGAGAUCACCAGGCAUUGGGUGCUAUGGGGAUGGAGCUGGUGGGAUGUUUACAAGACAACCUUCACAGGACUUUUGGUUCUGAAUGGCCUGGAGAAGACCCCUGGGUCCGUGUAAGAAGGAUGUAAUCACAUACGGCUCCCACUCUUUUUUUUUUUUUUUUUUUUUAAUGGAGGGACUGGGGAUUGGACCCAGGACCUCAUGCAUCCAAGCAGGCACUUUACCACUGAGCUCUGCCCUCUACUCCCCCUCACUCUUUCAAAGGUACCUGUGGAAAGAGAGCUAUAUACUGUUUAUGUUGGAAGAAAAUUUCCCAUCUGUUUGACACAAUGAUACUCAGAAAUAUUGAAUGAGAUUAUGAGAUAGUGGUAAUGAUAAUAAUAAUUUAAAAAUAAAGUAUAUUGGGCAAUUAUAUACAGCAAGCAUGUUGUUAACGCUUUGCAUUGAUGGCAGGAAUCCUGGGAGGCACCUACUCCUACUGUUUAUUCCCUUUCUACGUGGGAGGGAACCAAGGACUCAAGUAACUCACCCAAGCCUCAGCGCUUCUGAGUGGUGGUGCCUGGGUCUGAACCCAGACCCUGCUGCAGAAUCCACAGCCCUUGGUACCACAUCAUCCUGCAGCCAGUAGGCUCAUCCCCAUGUAAGCAAAUGGGACCAACAUGGGGAAGUGAUUUGCCCAAGGUCAUGCUGCCACUGGAAUCCAGGUCUCUUGACUUUGAACCCUAUGAUCACUCCAAGUCGACCUUCCAAAGUUAAAAAUAUUUUCCCUGGAGUUGGAGUAAACAUGGAUUCCCAGGGAGCCUCCACGUGAGCCUCAGCCUGCCCCCUGGGUUCCAGCAGCUGCAGCGGAUCUCCCGUUAACAAGACCAGUCUGCAGCAGGAGCUCCCAGGGCCGGGGAGCAGAGCUGCAGGGCCUUCAGGUCCCCACACUCAGAGCCCUCAGACACAUGCCUGCACGUCUCUUUAUAGACAAGGAGCCCAGGCCCAGAAGGCAGUGGUCACUCAGCAAGUAGGAAGCCGAGCCGGGGCUAGAACCCAGGCCAUGCGCCUCCCCGCCCACAGCUCCUUCCUCUGUCACUCGGCGGGUCCAGCUUGAGAAGCCGUGAAGACUCGGGGGGAGGAGUCUAUGUGAUAGCUGCAGUCCAUGCAUGAUUUUCACAGGAAACCCGAGUGACCCCCUACUCUAGGCUGGCCUGCUGCCCGAUCCAUGAUGAACAAAAUCUCACAAUUUUGAGUAAAGGCAGGAGCUGAGGGGUCCAGGAGGAGGGUGAGGCGAGGGAGGCCGAGCUGUGCAAGCAGAAAGUCAGACUCUGUCUUUAUUUACAACUUGAUGGUUUGUUCAUUAUGGAUUUUUGGAAUUCA